CAGGGGGUGUGCGGCUGCGCAUUCUGUGUCCCUUAUACAACACAGUGGGAGCCAGUUUUGCGAGCAGUCCCUCUGCUGAGACUAACAUCGUCGCCCUUUCUUGCACGGAGUUGGUGUCCUGUCAUAUGAUGUACUGAUUCAGUUCGGGAAGAUGCCGCCGGUUCGAAAGACUGUGGCAGAGCUCCGCUCUCGAGCGGAAGGUUAUGAGAAAACUGAGGAUGCCUCAGAGAAAACUUCAUUGGCUGAUCAAGAGGAUAUGAGAACAAUAUUUAUUAACCGACCUCAGCUAACAAAAUUUUGUAGCAAUCACGUCAGCACCGCAAAAUACAAUCCACUCACAUUCUUACCGAGAUUCCUAUACUCGCAGUUCAGGAGAGCAGCCAAUUCUUUUUUCCUUUUCAUAGCUCUUCUCCAGCAAAUCCCUGAUGUUUCCCCUACUGGCCGUUACACAACAUUGGUCCCACUGUUGUUCAUUCUUCUUGUGGCUGCAGUAAAAGAAAUCAUAGAAGAUAUUAAAAGACAGAAAGCUGAUAGUGGAGUGAACAAGAAAAAAGCACAAGUGCUGAGAAAUCGUGCUUGGGAAAUUGUCCAUUGGGAAAAGGUGGCAGUGGGGGAGAUUGUGAAGGUGACCAAUGGGGAACAUCUCCCAGCUGACCUCGUCAUUCUGUCAUCAAGUGAACCACAGGCAAUGUGCUACAUUGAAACUUCUAAUUUAGAUGGCGAAACAAACCUUAAGAUCCGACAGGGUCUACCUCAGACAGCAGAGAUAAAAGAUAUUGAUAGUUUAAUGAAUUUAUCUGGCAAACUCGAGUGCGAGAGUCCCAACCGACAUUUAUAUGAUUUUGUUGGCAACAUUCGAUUUGAUGGAAAGAGCACUUUUCCCCUGGGCCAAGAUCAAAUUCUUUUGCGAGGUGCUCAAUUAAGAAACACCCAAUGGGUUCAUGGAAUAGUGGUUUAUACAGGACAUGACACAAAGCUCAUGCAGAAUACGACACAAGCUCCACUGAAAUUAUCAAAUGUGGAACGAAUCACAAAUGUGCAAAUUCUCUUAUUAUUUGGUGUUCUUCUCUUCAUAUCUUUGGUGUGUGCCAUUGGUUCAACAAUUUGGACUAGCAGGCAUGCUACAGCAGACUGGUACCUCAAUUCCAGUGGUAGUGGAGCCAGCUAUUUUGGAUUGAACUUCUUAACCUUCAUCAUCCUCUUUAAUAAUCUCAUUCCAAUCAGUCUAUUAGUUACGCUAGAGGUUGUAAAGUUUAUCCAAGCAUUUUUCAUUAAUUGGGACAUGGACAUGUUAUAUGAACCAACAAAUACGCCUGCCAUGGCUCGAACAUCCAAUCUAAAUGAAGAACUGGGACAGGUGAAAUAUAUAUUCUCAGAUAAGACUGGAACAUUAACCUGCAAUGUUAUGGAGUUUAAGAAGUGUACAGUAGCAGGGAUUGCUUAUGGUCAUUUUCCUGACCGUGUGGAUUUUAGGUACUCUGAAGAUUGUAGGAAAGGUGAAUCAUCAAAUGGAGAAAGUAUAUUUCAAGAUCCUUCUCUACUGGAAAAUCUUCAAGGCAACCAUCCCACAGCACCAGUCAUUUGUGAGUUUCUAACGAUGAUGGCAAUUUGCCAUACAGCAGUACCCGAGAGGGAUGUUAACAAGAUAAUCUAUCAAGCAUCAUCCCCAGAUGAAGGGGCAUUGGUAAGAGCAGCAAAGCAGUUGGGCUUUGUCUUCAGUGGGCGAACCCCAAAUUCAGUUAUUAUAGAAGCUCUUGGGCAAGAAGAAAAAUAUGAGCUGCUCAAUGUCCUUGAGUUUACAAGCAACAGAAAGCGAAUGUCUGUGAUUGUCCGUAUGCCAUCUGGAAAACUGCGACUUUAUUGUAAAGGAGCAGAUACUGUUAUUUAUGAGCGGUUGUCUGACAGUUCAAGGUACAAGGACAUUACUUUGAAGCACUUGGAGCAGUUUGCUACAGAAGGUUUGAGAACCUUGUGUUUUACUGUUGCUGAGAUUUCAGAGACGAUGUACCGAGAUUGGUUGGAAGUAUACCAUCGUGCUUCUACUGCGCUGCAAAACAGGAUACUCAAACUUGAAGAGAGUUAUGAACUGAUUGAAAAAAAUCUGCAGUUGCUUGGAGCUACAGCAAUUGAAGAUAGACUACAAGACAAAGUCCCUGAAACCAUAGAAACAUUAUCCAAAGCAGACAUCAAAAUUUGGAUCCUGACAGGAGACAAGCAGGAAACCGCUAUUAAUAUAGGACAUGCAUGUAAACUUCUGACCAAAAACAUGGGUCUUAUGGUUCUAAAUGCGCACACUCUUGAUACAACAAGGGAAACACUCGUCCAUCACUGCAAUACUCUAGGUGAUGCUUUGCAUAAGGACAAUGACUUUGCACUGAUUAUAGAUGGGAAGACUCUCAAAUAUGCCCUGACAUUUGGAGUGCGACAGUCUUUUUUGGAUCUUGCUUUGUCUUGCAAGGCGGUCAUCUGCUGCCGAGUUUCUCCUCUUCAGAAGUCAGAAAUUGUUGAGAUGGUGAAGAAACAGGUGAAAGUUAUAACAUUAGCAAUAGGUGAUGGAGCGAAUGAUGUGGGAAUGAUCCAGACAGCACAUGUUGGAGUUGGAAUAAGUGGAAAUGAGGGACUACAGGCAGCAAAUUCAUCUGACUAUUCUAUUGCACAGUUCAAAUAUCUGAAGAACUUGCUGCUAGUUCAUGGAGCCUGGAACUAUAAUCGCGUAGCAAAGUGUAUCCUGUACUGCUUUUACAAGAACAUAGUCUUGUACAUUAUUGAGAUCUGGUUUGCUUUUGUGAACGGUUUCUCGGGGCAAAUUCUCUUUGAACGGUGGUGCAUUGGUCUUUACAAUGUGAUUUUCACAGCUUUGCCUCCCCUCACUCUGGGAAUAUUUGAGAGAUCGUGUCGAAAGGAAAACAUGUUGAAAUAUCCAGAGCUCUACAAGACGUCACAGAAUGCACUGAACUUCAACACAAAGGUUUUCUGGGUUCAUUGUUUGAAUGGCCUGUUCCACUCGGUUAUUCUGUUUUGGUUCCCGCUGAAAGCCCUCGAGCAUGACACUGCAUUUGGAAAUGGAAAGACGCCUGGCCGCCUGCUACUAGGAAAUAUGGUUUACACAUUUGUGGUGAUCACCGUUUGUUUAAAAGCUGGUUUAGAGACCUCAUCCUGGACUGUUUUUAGUCAUGUGGCUAUCUGGGGCAGUAUCGGACUGUGGGUGGUGCUUUUUGGAAUCUACUCAUCUCUGUGGCCUGCAAUUCCACUGGCUCCUGACAUAUCUGGAGAGGCUGUAAUGUUGUUCAGCUCUGGUGUUUUUUGGAUGGGCCUAUUCUUCAUCCCAAUUACUUCUCUUCUGUGGGAUGUGAUUUACAAAGUCAUUAAGAGAACUUUAUGUAAGACUCUGGUAGAAGAGGUUCAAGAGUUGGAAGCCCAGUUCCAGGAUCCAGGUGCAGCUGUGUACGGCAAAAGCUUAAGUGAGCGAGCUCAACUCUUAAAGAAUGUUUUUAGAAAGAACACUUUCAAUCUACACCGUUCCGAUUCAUUCCAGCAGAGUUCAUUACACGGUUAUGCCUUCUCCCAAGAUGAGAAUGGAAUUGUGUCCCAGUCCGAAGUGGUCAGGGCCUAUGACACCACCAAACAAAGACAAGAUGACUGGUAAACACCUAAUACAGGAACAUGAAUUUUAAAUAAGAAUGGGACUUCAGACGUUAAAAGCUGGGAGGUCUAAGAAGAAAAAUGUUGCUGCAAAGACAUGGAUAGGUUGGUCUUUGUAUAUUUUAUGAAAGAGGAGAGUGCUAAUCACUUUUGUUGUGUAUUAAAUAGACACAAACACUGUGCAGAUCUACAUUAGCAUAAACUCACUUGUUAGAAUACCAACAUCAUACAGUACUCAUUAACAAUUGGAUUGCCGGGACUUCAAAUUUGUCUCUGUAUACCAGAUAGCUGUCUUUUGAUGUGAUUGUUUUAAAAAGGCAGAUAUAUAAAAAUGAGUGAUAUUUUAAUUUAAACUCUGAUCAGUAUGAGCAUUCAUUUAAUGUCUUUAGGACAGAUGUGUGUUACAAUUGAGUACUAUUCCUAAAUUUUCCUGUUUGUUAUAAAUUAUGAUUUAAACUAAUUAAACCUUCAUAUAAACUGUUUUUUGAAAGAUUAUUAAUUUUUUUGGUUUGGUUGUUUAACUUUUGCUAUUGUUCAAAAAGAUUCUUUUAGAAUUUACUCAUUAUUAUCUCUUGGGUUCCUCAUUUUGAAUGACUCUGGAGGAAAUAUUUACUCCAAUAGUCCAAAGUGAUGCACCUAUGUUGUGAAGGUUUACCUUUAUAAAUCUAGCUUAACAAUCCUGGAAUAUAUUUUAAGUCACUGAAAAUGCAAACUGGUUAGGAAACUGUUCUAAAUGCUAAAAUGUCAUCUUAAUACAGUAUUAAACAUGAUACUGAUGCUGCUGUCCUAGCCGCCAAAUCUUCUUUUUGUCAAAACUAAAACUCUCCAUGAGCCUUAUUCAAUAGUAAUGUAAUCGCUUCGGCUGAUAGAAUUUGACAUCAGCCCUAUUUUCCAGUGUACUGAGAAGGGAAUGAAGCAAAUUUUAAGUCCCAUUUGUAACUUUGCUGCUUUACUCUUUCUGAAGUGCAAUUUGCACAUGCAGUGACUGAACGCUAGGACUCCGGCCUUCUUGGCACUUGCUUCUCAACUUGUGUCUUUCUCAGGCUGCGGCCUUGGAUAUGCUUUUCUCUUUGCCUAAUAUUCAAAUUAAUGUUCAGAAUGAAGCAAAUGUUGUAUUUUCUGUGACUGGCUACUGUAUAUGCUUGUGAAACAGUGACUUUUUAAUGGACUUAAUAUUCAACAAACAUUGUUUCAGUAUUAAUUUUCAAAAUCGCAGUGCUUUAUACUGCUUUACAUCUCAAAUGAGAUAAUAAGUGCAGGGGGAGAGUGUUUCUAGUGAUACUUCAGGUAAUACUUUUAUAUAGCUGCUGUUUUAAAAUAAUAGUUCAGAUAACUCCUGCCAAAUAAUAUUUUCCCUAAUUUUAUUAUUUCCUUCUUGCCCCAUGAAAUGAUCAGUUAUAUUGAAGGUACCCCUCAUUCUUUGCACGCACAUUUUGCCAUAAGCCUGCUGUGAUUGAAACAUAAAAUAAUGAUCAAUUUUAUUACUGGCUACCGUCUCUAAUAGGAUCAACUCAAGUCCUAUUUUGCAUUAACUUAAUUUAGGUUAUUUAAAUAGCAUGUGUGAAUGUGCCAAUUCAUGACAUUUGUAAUUCCAGUCUAUUUUCUGGUGAAUGUGAAGCUAAAAUUCAUUUGUUUCUACAAGUUGAUCUCUGUAUGAUUCAUUUCAGCAGUACUGAUGAAUCAAGUCAAACAGUCUGGUUCACAUUAUUCCUAAACGACUGCCAUUUUUACAAAAAUCAAUAAUUUCCUUCCUGGUAUAAGUUGAACUAAAUUUACUUUACCUGUAUUGAGUAUGUAAUUCUGUGGCUGUCACACUUAAUGCAAAGCUGACAGCAAAAACCUGGAUGAGAUCUCUCUAUAGGACUUCAUGAUUUAACUUCAUAGAGGGGCAUCCUUUGUUGCCUAUUCACAUGCAUUAAUGCGUGUUUCUUUGCAUUAAACUGCCUUGACUGCAAAAUACAACCCAUAUUUUAAAAAGUUCUAUCAGCAUUCCAUUCAAAACUGGCAUUUAGUGAAUCUUUGUUUAUGUGCAGCUUCUAUAACUAAUGUGAAGGCUAUUUUAAUGUUUCAAUUUUAUCACUGAGCAUUUGCCACAGAACAUCUAGAUUUGACUGAUUGUUUGCUAUGAAAUUAGAUUUCAAUAAACAGUGAGAUAAAGGCAAGAACAGUGGAACAAGUGCAUAUAUGUAAUUACAACGUGCAGCAUAAUUUACAAUAUUCCAUCCUCUAAAAGUAACUUAAUGGUAAAUUUCGCUACUACUACAGUUAACUGACAAUUUGCGGCAAGCCAAUGUUACAGAAUAGGACACAAAUUCAAAAGGAGUAGCAAAAGUAAUAUACAACUCAAAAAUGCACAUAUUUUGAGAAUAAAAUCCAAUUGUUUUCACCCAUUGAUUUGCAGCUUACUGUUCCAUAUGCUUAUUCUAUGUGCAACGUGUUUUGUGUUUGUCAAAAUCCUUGAAUGAAUGUCAGAAAGAUGCAAGUUUCAAAGUAUGUGAUUACUUGCUGGUGUCUUUUAAUCAAUGAUAGCUGUCCUCUCCCUCCAAUGUGCAAGGCUCACUGUGUGGUGUGCUUGAUUGUCCUGUUAUGUAUUCUUGUCUAACCGCAUGAGAUCAAGUGUUACAUGUACAUUGUUAGUGCAUGACUAAUUUUCUGAUCUUGCCACAUGUCUGGUGCAAGGUUAGAGACAAUGUUGCAGAUUAAUGAAAGGUAACACCGUGCAACAAAUUUUAGUGGACAAUAAUUACUGGCCAAUUAUUGUGUGCGUCCACCAUUUUAGAAUAAAAAUCGUUGUCAGUAUAACUGGCCAACAGCUUUAAAAUUAUUUUGAGAGUUUGGAAUUCACACUGACAUGUCCAUGUCCAUUUGGUUCUGUGAAAGGUUGUAUCCAAAUAGGCUAUGGAAUGUAUGCUUUGCUUUACUUGGGCUGAAGACUACAGAAUAAAAAGGUGAAAAUUUUGAUAUUUUAAAUGAAUUAUACAUGACUACUUCAAAAUAAUAAAUCAAGUUUCAAAAAGAAUUUGCCUUGAUUAUUUUGUUCAAUGCGACAACAAAGUAAAGUGAGUGCAUGUUUACUACAUUAGUAAUAAGUAAACAAAAUUCGCCUUCCAUUGUUGCCAGCCUUGUAUUGAAUUUAAAAUCGAUCUAAUUUAAUGGUGGAAUUUGCCUUGAAUGUUGUGUAAAGAUGAAACAUAUUCUGUACAUUGGAUCAGGAAUUUUCUGCCAAACUUCCAGAAUGUUGAUUAAAUUUCCCUGUAGUUUAGUUUUGCACUGCAUGAAUGGUGACCUUCAAAUUCAAUGUUCAUUGUAUUUCUCAGGUUUAGUUUUAACUUACUGUAAGGAAAUGCACUGUUUUAUAUUUUGUUGUGAAUCUUCUGUACUGUAUUUUUUUAUUCUGUUCCUUGCUGUUGACUCUUGUGAAUUGCAUGGUGGCAGUUGCAAUCCUUAAAUGUUCUGUCUUUUGAUUGUCAUAAGGAUCACAUAGUAAAACUAAAUUUACAAACCUUGA